AUGGAACAUCCACAGCAAAGCAUUCGCGAUCCACAUUCACGAUUCGUGAUUCGUGAUUCUGGCCUUUCUUUGUACCUUUGCAACCCGAUCUGGAACAGCAAAGAAGGCACACAGUCCAAUUCAGCGCCAUCCUUGGCCAACCCAUCUCCGAACACCGCUUUGCUAGUCAUCUGGCUAACACUUAUACCCACCGGCUGUCGCUGGCGUGUGCAAGAGACACCAACACGCUGCUCGCCUCAAGUGCACCGCCUCUCCACGCAAUUUCGUGAUUUCUCGGCGAGGUACAUCAAGCAUCCCGAUGUAGCACCGCUAGUCGAUGCCGUCUGA